CUUUUUAAAAUUACUAAGAUGGGAAUUACAUGCUCAAAUCAAAAUUUUGAAUCAAAGGAAAUCGAAUAAAUUGAUAGGUAAUAGCUAUGAUCUAUUUUUUUUAAGAAUUCAAUCAUUUGAGGAAAUCAAUCAAUCUGAAAGAUAAUCCCAAAUAUUUUAAUGCUUAAGUUUUGAUUCUUUUUAGCAAAAUUGGCUCACAAAGGAAUACUAAAUAAAUUUUGAUAAUAGAAAAGAAAUCAUAGAUCUUUAUGAGGGAAAAAUAAUACAAUUGUAUAUUCUAAAAUAAUUUUGAUAGAAAUAGAAUGUUUUAGGCUUCAGGAGAUGAAAAUUUUGAUAAUUUAGAGUAAAUACAAAAUCUAUAAUGGGUUGGAAAUUAUGAUAAAAAUUUGAAGAAAGUUGCUAAAUGGAGUGUUAAAUGGAAUGGAUUAAAGCUUUAAAAUGUUGGAGGAUAUUACUCAGAAAAUGGUUAAAAGAAAGGUUUAUGGAAAGAUUUAUUUAAGAAUUAUUGUAGGUAAAUUUAUUAAAAUUAUUAGCCUUGUUAAUGUGUUUGCAGAAGGUGAAUAUUAUAAUGGUAUUUAAGAAGGGAUAUGGAAAUAUAUAUAAAUGAAUAAAAUGAUGUAUAUUUUAAUCAAAGAAUUAGUGGUUGUGGUUAUUAUAUUAAGGGAUAGAAGAUAGGUAAGUGGAUUGAGUUGGAUGAAGGAUUUUAUAAUCAUAAACAAAUCACCUAUUAUGGUGAAUAUAAUAUGAAUGGUAUGAAGGUAGGUAGAUGGGAUAUUAUGUAUUGUAAGGAUAAUGAGAAGAUAUAUAAAUAAAUGUAAAUAUUAAGAAGUAUAAAGAAAUAUAGUGGUGGUGGAUUAUAUGAUUAUGAAGGAAAUUAACAAAAAAUUGGAAAGUGGGUAGAAUUGGAUGAAAGUUUUAAGGAUAACAUUUACACUUCAAAAUAAGUCAUUUAUACUGGUGAAUAUAAUAGGAAUAGUAAGAAAGUAGGUAGAUGGGUUAUUCUGUAUUGUAGUCGAGAUGAAGAGGAAUAUGAAUAAAUGUAAAUAUAUAAUUAAAAGGAAUAUAUAGUGGUUAUGGAACAUAUGAUUAAGAAGGAAAUUAGAAAAAAAUUGGAAAGUGGGUUGAAUUGGAUGAAAGGUUUUCUUUGAGUAAAUAAAUAACUUAUAAUGGUGAAUAUAAUAUGCACGGUGUCAAGAUAGGUAGAUGGAAUAUUAUGUAUUGUAGAUAAAAGGAGAAGGAAUUUAAAUAAAUGUAAAUAUUAUAUAAGUACAUAGUGGUGGAGGAUCAUAUGAUUAAGAAGGAAAUUAGUAAAAGAUUGGAAAGUGGGUAGAAUUGGAUGAAAGUUUUAAUACUGGUUUUUUCACUUCAAAACAAAUCACUUAUAAUGGUGUAUAUAAUUUGAAUGGUAUGAAGGUAGGUAGAUGGAAUAUUAUGUAUUGCAAGGAUAGUGAGAAGAUAUAUAAAUAAAUGUAAAUAAUGUAUAAAAUAUAAAGGGAAAUUAAUUAUAUAGUGGUGGUGGAUCGUAUGAUUAUCAAGGAAAUGAGAAAAAGAUGGGAAAGUGGGUUGAAUUGGAUGAAGAGUUCGAUUAUAAAAAUGAAAUCACUUAUAAUGGUGAAUAUAAUAUAGAUGGUCAAAAAGUAGGUAUUUGGGUAGUAAUGAACAUAUAUGGGAAUUUUAUACUAAGAAAAAUGCAUUAUGAUAAUUGAAAAU